AUGUCGACGCCGCACUCUGGAGAGGUGUACGGCAGGCGACUUGUUCCGCAUGUGAUUGACAGCAUCGCCAACAGGGACCCGCGGCGGGAGUGCUUCUCGAUUCCACGGUCGUCCAAUCCCAAAGAUGGAUGGAGGGCAGUUUCAUACGGUCAAUACGCCAGCGCCAUCGACCGCCUUGCGCAUCACGUCGUCAAAACGUCUGGCGCACCACACCCAAAAGCGUUUCCCACCUUGGCGUAUGUCGGCGAAAACAAUGCCGUCUAUCUCAUCUUUGUCAUUGCUGCCGUCAAGGCAGGCUACAAGGCAUUAUUUGUGUCUCCCCAAAAUUCAGAAGAGACCCAGCUGCACCUUUUCCAGCUCACAGACUGCCACGUCAUCUACCACGAUGCCAUGUUCCAGCGGUCGGUGCAGGCGUGGCUGGGCAAGCGACACGGGAUGACGGCGAACCUCUUGGCGCCGCUGGACUUUUGGCUGGCGGACGAGGGCGCAGUCGCGCACUUCCCCUACGUCAGGACGGCAGAGGAAGCCGAGCGGGAACCGUUCGUCGUGCUGCACACGAGCGGGAGCACGGGGCCGCCGCAGCCCAUCGUGGUGCAACACGGCCUGAUCAUGCUCGGCGACAAGCUGCACCGGCUGCCGGUCUGGAACGGGUCCGAGCCUGCGGUGCGCGGCCUGGCCCGCUCGCGGAGGAACCUGACGCCGAUGCCGUUCUUCCACGCCGGUGGCCUGUACACCUUCUUCGGCUUCCACGUCUACUGGGAGAAGCCCGUCGCGUUUGCCAUCACGGACGGGCCGCUCACGGCGGAUUUCAUACUGCAGCAGUUGGCGCACGCCCCGGCCGAUGUGGAUUCCAUCUCGCUGCCGCCUUUGGUUUUGGAAGAGCUCAGCACUACGGACAGGGGAUGCGAGGCGCUUGGCAGGAUGAAGUUUGUGUUCUUUGGAGGAGGUAAUCUUAAUGAAGCGGCGGGCAAAAGACUGCUGGACCGAGGAGUCGUGCUGCAAAAUUCAUUCGGGUCGACCGAAUACGGCAUGCUGCCAUUUUAUUGGCAGACCAACCCCCAAGAAUACCAGUGGCUUCCGAUCCACUCCGAGGUUCUCGGCGCCGAGUGGAGACCUGUCGCCGGAGAAGACGACGUGUUUGAGCUGGUGAUCGUGCGCAAGGAUGACCCCUCGAGCAUCCAGGGCGUCUUUUACACUUUCCCAACUUUGGACGAGUGGAGCUCUGGGGACCUGUUCAAGAAACAUCCGACGCUGCCCGACCACUGGAAGUACCACGGGCGCUGCGACGAUUUGAUAGUCUUGUCAAACGGCGAGAGGCUCAACCCUACCGCGGUGGAGAAUGCCUUGAGUGGACAUCCAAAAGUCAGGUCCGCCAUCGUGGUGGGCACGAUGCGAUCCCAGCCUGCUGUGCUUAUUGAGCCGGCCAGUCACCCGAGCGGCACAGAGGAAAAGGAGGCUCUGCUCGACGAGAUUUGGCCUAUUGUCCUCAAGGCCAACAGCGAACUGGCAUCUCACGCACGGAUAAGUAGGCAGCUCAUCUUGAUCACAAAGUCCGACAAGCCUUUCCACAGACUGGCCAAUGACGCUGUCCAUCGAGUCCCGUCCAUCAAGCUGUACGAGCCAGAGGUGGACGAGCUCUACAGAGAGGCCGAGGCUGGAUGGAAAGAUGCUCAAUGCAGCCUGGACCUUGGCUCGGAAGAGAGGCUCCUGCAGUCUGUCUGUCGUCUAUUCCAGACGCUCACCUACUCAACCAUCAUCGAACCGGAUACAGAUUUUUUCUCAGCAGGCAUCGAUUCCGACCAGGUCGUCAACGCAUGCCGCCUUCUCCGCAGCGAGCUCCGAGACAAGAGCAAAAGAAUUAACCUGCAGAGUAUCACCCCAAAGAUCAUCCACGCAAAGCCUUCCGCUCGCCGACUGACCGCAGAGCUGUGGGGUCAGCAUAUCGGCUCGGUCAAUCCCGUCACCACAGACGCCGAAGCAUCGCGCGCCAUGUCGGGCCUGGUGGCCAAGUACACACAAGAUCUACCCGAAGCACCCUUGAUCAAGAAGCCCGCCGCCCGCACCUCGCAGCAGACCGUCGUGCUGACCGGCAGCACAGGCCGGCUGGGCGCCUACCUGCUCGACAUGCUCGUCGCGGACCCAGCCGUGGCCAAGAUCCUCUGCCUCAACCGCUCCCGCGACGGCCGCGCGCGCCAGCAGCGCCUCGACGCCUCGCGCGGCCUGCGCACCGACCUGACGGGCGUCGACUUUCUGCACGCGGACCUCGCCCGGCCGGACCUCGGCCUGGGCGUCGAGGGCUACGCGCAGAUCCUCGCGAACGCGGACCGCGUCGUCCACGCGCAGUGGCCCGCCGACUCGAACCUGGCCCUGGCGGCGUUUGAGCCGCACGUCCGCGCCGUGCGCAACCUGGCGGACCUGUGCGCGGGCGCCACGCGCGACGUCCGGCUCGUGCUCGCGUCGACGGUGCGCAGCGCGACGGGCUGGGACGGCUCCGACGCGCGCCGCGUGCCGGCCGGGGCGUACGCGCAGGCCAGGCGGGUGGCGGAGCUGGUGCUCGACGCGGCGGCGCGGCGGUCGGGCUUGUCGGCGGCCGUGGUGCGCUUCGGGCAGAUUGCUGGGCCCGAGGACCCCGCGGGGCUGUGGAGUCGCGACGAGUGGCUGCCGAGGCUGGUGGCGUCCUCGGUGAGAUCUCUGGGCGUCCUGCCGCGGGAUCUGGGCGCCAUGAGCACCGUCGACUGGGUCACGGCCGAGGGCGCGGCCCGGUUGGUCUUGGAGGCUGCUGCGGGCCAGACAAAGGGGGUUUCGGGGGGCUGUUGCUACUACUACGGGGUUAAUCCGCACGCGGGCCACUUUUCGACGCUGAGCGAAGCCAUCAAGGGGUUUUAUGGAGAGAGGGUCCGGGAGCUGGUUCCGUGGAGGGAUUGGGUGGAGGCUUUGGAGGAGAGUGAGAUGCAGGGAGGUAAUGCUGAAAGCAAUCCGGCUCUACAAUUGUUGGAUUUCUACAGGGGAACGCCGGACGACGAGAUGAUUGGUGAUGCGAGGGUCUCGUUUACUUUGGACGAGACCCUCGAGGCCAGCACUAGCAUGAGGGAGAUGCGGCCCAUCACCCCUGAGCUCAUGGUUCAGUGGUGCCGCCGUUGGGAUUUGUAGACUUGCGCGGUUAGUCAUUAGACAUUUGUUGGAAGCAUCAAGCAUUAAGC